UUGAAAGGUUGAAGGAGUAUCAUAUUACUCGGGCUUUUAAUUAAAUUAAAUUUAAAUAACAAUUGAUUUUAAGCACGCAAUUUCUUUAAUACUUUCCUGCAGUUACUAUAGAAUACGUUCAUAAACUAUAUAGUGAACAUGUGAUUCAUAUAUAGAGAGAAAGCUUUAAAAAUAAGUGUUAUGGAAAACAUCAGUCAUGUAUAUCUUUUGUGCGAUUAUUGCUUUCUGCUUUUUACGUGAAAGUUGUACAUUGAAUACCGAUAAAACAGAUUCGGUAUCAAUAAUAAAGGGGAACUCAACACCAGAGAGAAAAGGAUGGAAUAUAAAUCUUAAUAUUUAUUUUACAAAAACACUUCCGUCAAUCAUACGAAAACCAUCAGGUGCGGACGUCCGACUCAGGUGUGAAGCUAUAAUGAAUUUCACAAAAGUGGAAACUUUCACCAAAUAUAAAGAAGGGAUUGAGACAUCGUUAAAAGAAGCCCCUCCGGAUUAUAUACAACAAAGACUCAUGAAAAAUUUAAAAGCUUAUUGGCUUAAAGAUAACAGAAUGCUCUCAAAAAACGAAAGGAUUAAUAUCUCUACAAUAAUAGAUAAAACAAAUGGUACAAUAGGAACGAGUAUAAAAUUGAAAAACAUAGAUUUGCCUGAUGAAGGUAACUAUUCUUGUGUUAUAAAACAAAAUCAUGAGAAAAAAUUAACCACAAAAUUGGAAAUCAAAAGGAAAUUGGCUGAUGUUGAAAACUACGAACUACCAACUUACACACCUUUAUUUUCCAAUAUUGGUGUAAGUGACGAAAUUGAAGUAAAUGUCAAAACAACUCCAGAACUGAAAUUUGAAGAUAUGACUGUAGAUAGCAGCUUAAAGCCCCAAAAUUCAUCUAUCCCUCGCAAGCUCGAGCCUUUGUGUCAAAAAUAUGUUGGUAUUGAAUGCAGUGACCAUUUGAAAGACCAAUUUGUAUACAUCCCUUAUGACACAACUCAGGCUAUUUUAGAAGACAAAAUUUCUAAAGCCAUAAAAGUUACACAGUUCUCAAAAGACAUAAGUUCACAUUGUGAAGGUUAUGCAGUGCCAAGUCUCUGUUACUCAACAUUUCCAAUAUGUAGAGACCCUGAAACUAUUAAUAAAUAUUUCUAUAAAGAAGCAAGAAAACUAUUAAACUUACCAAAUGAUCAUAUAGGUGAUUUGCCAGAAAUAUUAUUUGAAAAUAUACCUAAAGAUUUUGCACUGAAUGCAAAAUCUAGUAAGAAUUCAACAUCCAAUAUCUUUAAUUACCGGUAUAACUCAACAGUACUUAGAAGAGUUUGUAAACAAGACUGUGAAAUAUUAGAAAAUGAGUUGUGUCAAACUGAAUAUGCCAUUGCUAAAAGACAUCCUCACAUAGGUCAACAAUUGACGUUGGAAGAGUGUCAAGACUUGCCAGAACAUGAUGCAGACUGCUUGAAAAUUGACAUAGGUACUAUGAUGGUGUCAGAUGAUGAAUGCUACUGGGAAGAUGGCAGUGGCUAUUUAGGGAGAGUGAAUAUAGCCAGUAAUGGAAUGCCUUGUGUAGAGUGGUCCAUGCAGCUCCGCGUAAAGCUUUCCGAUUACCCUGAACUUACAGGAAAACAUAGUUACUGCAGAAACCCAGGUGGUCUCAAUACUCAACCAUGGUGUGUGGUUGAAAAAGAUGGAAAAACGGAUGUACAAAUCUGUGACAUACCCAAAUGUGCUCAUAAAAUAUGGAUAUAUAUUUUAAUUAUAUUUUUACUUGUGACACUGAUAAUUAUUGGAUUAGUUGCCUGUCUUUGCUAUAGACAUAAAAAUAAAGGGAACGCAGCAACAAUACGAGACAUAAAUCUACCAAAUGCUGAUAAGAAUAUUUAUGGUAAUUCAAGAUUAAAUUCUCCAAUAGAAAUGAAUGAGCUAUUAACUAAUCAAAAUAUAAAUAACCAGCCACAUUUGAGUAGAAGUGUGAGAGGAAAUGGCAUACUUCGUGUUCCUCAAUAUUCUUUAUCACAAAUUAAGUUUUUGGAAGAGCUUGGUGAAGGUGCGUUUGGUAAAGUUUAUAAAGGAGCCUUAAAGAAUAAUGGAGAAACUCAAUAUGUUGCUGUAAAGGCUUUAAAGGAAAAUGCUUCAGCGAAAACUCAAGCUGACUUUAGACGUGAAAUUGAUUUAAUUUCGGAGCUCAGCCAUGAGAAUAUUGUGUGCAUAGUUGGUGUAGCACUUAGAGAAGAACCAUUGUGUAUGUUAUUUGAGUUUAUGGCACGAGGGGAUCUUCAUGAAUUUCUUAUGGGCAGAGCUCCUCCUUCCGGAAAAGGUUUGCCGCCUAUGAGAUUGUUAAAUAUUGCAUUUAAUAUUGCAUCUGGUAUGCAAUAUCUUGCCUCACAUCACUAUGUCCAUAGGGAUUUAGCUGCUAGAAAUUGUUUGGUAUCAGAUGAUUUUAUAGUCAAAAUAUCCGAUUUUGGUCUUUCAAGAGAUAUUUAUAGUUCAGAUUAUUACAGAGUGCAAUCUAAAAGUCUCUUGCCAGUUAGAUGGAUGCCACCGGAGUCAAUAUUGUAUGGUAAAUUUACAACAGAAAGUGAUAUUUGGUCAUAUGGAGUAGUGCUAUGGGAAAUAUACAGCUAUGGCCUCCAACCUUAUUAUGGGUACAGCAAUCAGGAGGUGAUAUCGAUGGUUCGCGGCGGGGAGCUGCUCGCCGCGCCAACUAAUUGCCCGCCACAAAUGUACGCACUUAUGCGAGAGUGUUGGAAACACACGCCACAACGGAGACCCAAUUUUGAAGAUGUUGUUAACAGAUUACAAGAAUGGAUACAAGUUGGUGGUUGUCCGGAGAUAGGUCCUUUGGAAGGUACCUCUUGUUCCCACAGACCAACCACAUCAACAAAGGAUCAACAAGAAAGGGCACCUCUCUUACCACCACAUUGUUCCUCCUCCAACGGGUCCCUAGCAACUGGGAGUUUAAAGAAAUUCAGCGCAGCCAGUUCCAGUACAAAGGUAACUGAUGACAACCGAUCAACUUGCAGUGAAGUCCCACCUUUAGCGCCCAAAUCAAAAAAACAUAGCUCCGGUUCUCUCAUAGAUGGAGAUAAGGUUGGUACUAGAGACACAAUUGUUAGAAUACCUAACACUCAUUUUAGUAAUGAUAUUUAAUCAAAUAUUUAACUUUAACACAUUGCCAACUUGGGAAAGUACACUUUCAUUUGUGACUUGCGGCAUUUAAUGUGUUAAUUAUGAAUAAAAGAUAUGCAGCUAGUGGUUUUGGUCGAGUGAAAGAAUUAAAACUCAUAGAAUUUUUCUACAAAUUUGAAUUUAAUUCUUAUAAGAUUAAAAUCAGAAUACUAUUGAAUAAUUUCUGGAUAUACAUUAAAAAAUAACAAUUUUAUGAAAAGUUAUUCCAAUUAACAUGACAAGCUCAAUAAAAUAGUUUUACCCAUGAAUAAAUUAAAUAAUUCUAUGUACAAGAUAUGUGUCUUAUGUAGUAAAUACCUAACAAUAAAAUACAUUCCAUUGUUACAAAUCUUUUGUACACAUCAAUGUAGAAUCAUAUAACAGUUAUUAAAAAAGUUUACUUUCUUUUUAUUUAAAUCUACGUAGUUUUCACUUUUGUGUCUUGUGCUAAACAAUUAUUUUCGUGUCUGUACAUGUUUUUAAUUAUUAUAAUUAUAAGUAAACUCCUCACAAAAACUUGUUCAGAAUUAUUGAAGUAUUUCUUCAUGAAAAGUAUUACAUUUGGUUCCUUUUAUUAUAUAUUGUGGUUAGGGGUGAAUGAUGACACAUAUUUGUUAGUUCCUUUUAACUAUUGCAGCCUAUUUACUUUUUUUAUGUUAUAAGUUUGCUUAUGCACAAAAAGUUUGUCUUAAUCUUUUUACUCUAUGGCAUUAAAAAAAUAAAAAUUAUUGCAGGAAAUAUUUAUCUCUAAAAUGUGUUCUAUAAAACAUUUUGGCGCUGUAUUUGGUACUUUAUUUAUUUUAAUAAGUUAUCACAUUUUAUUUAUAAUCAAAUAUUGUACUUAGUUGUAGCGUAUUUAAAAGACAUAUUAGGCUUUGUCUGAAUAUAAGAGGCAAAGGUUCCAGCAAAUUCUUGAGUAAGUAUUUUGAAAACCACAGUUAAAUAUAAAAUCAGUUAAAUGUUAACACAUAAAGUAUUUUGACUUUCUACGAUAAUUAUCUUCAACAAAUACCCAUAAAAUCUAUAUUUGCUAAUACAAAUCUGCCUUUAAAAGUACCUAAAUUUUGCCCUUAAAUUAAAGAAUAGGAUAGAUUAUAAAAUGUAGAUCGGCAAGUUUUAAAUUAUUAGCUAAAAUUAGUUUUUAUAAAACUUUGUAUAACUUAGUUCAUUUAGGUAACAUUAACGUUGGAUUCCACUGCGGAAACAAUUGUAUGAUUUUUUUUCAAAGGGAAUGACUAAAAUAUUGUACAAAUGUUUCAGCAAUGGUAACCAACUUAAGGCUAACUUUAAGUAAUAUAAGAUGUUAUUACAAUUGCUUUAAAAUGAAGAAAAGAAUAAAAAUACGAAAUCCAUAGACAAUGAUAAAAUUAAGUACAUUU